AAAAAGUAUUGCUCGGGUAAAUGAUAGACGAAUUCAUAGAGAAGCUUUUUAAAUGCCAAUGUCUCACUGAAGAGGAGGUCAAGCAGCUGUGCGAAAUGGGCAAGGACAUUCUGUCGAGAGAAUCUAAUAUUGUGUCGCUCAAAUCUCCUAUCACGGUAUGUGGCGAUAUUCAUGGGCAGUUUUAUGACCUGAUGGAACUGUUCAAGGUGGGUGGAAUGCCGCCCGACACGAAUUAUUUGUUCAUGGGCGAUUUCGUGGAUAGAGGCUUUCACAGUGUGGAGACGUUCUCACUUAUGCUGUGUCUGCGCAUCAAGUACCCGAACAGAGUCACGAUAUUACGAGGAAAUCAUGAGAGCAGACAAAUAACCCAGGUAUACGGCUUCUACGACGAGUGUGUGCGAAAAUACGGCAGCAGCAUGGUGUGGAAGGAGUUUACGGAUUUGUUUGAUUAUCUGCCGCUUGCUGCGAUCAUAAACGAUUCAUUUUUCUGCUGUCAUGGCGGGCUUAGCCCCACAGUUGAUACAAUAGACCAGAUACAUAAGAUUAACAGGGUGGUUGAGGUGCCACACGAGGGCUCAAUGUGUGAUUUGCUGUGGUCCGAUCCGGACGAACGCAUGGGGUUCGGGUCUUCACCGCGUGGUGCUGGUUUCACGUUCGGAAAGGACGUGACCACACGCUUUAAUAAGACGAACGGCCUGAGCAUGGUGUGCCGUGCGCACCAACUGGCAAUGAACGGUUACAAUUACAAUCAUAACAAGGAAUGUGUGACGAUUUUCUCUGCGCCCAAUUACUGCUACAGAUGUGGAAAUAUGGCCACUCUGAUGGAAAUGGAUGAUAAAGGAAAUUAUACCUUCAAGCAGUUCAUGCCCGCGCCAGAGACGGAGGACAAGGAAAACGUGAAAAAAAUACCUGACUAUUUCAUUUAAGGGUGUGAUAAAUGAUGGCAGGGUAUGACAGUUUGUACAGAUGGGUUGUUUGUGGUGUGUUGUGGUAUAGGGGUGUGCAAAAGAUGGGGAGGCGACUGAAAGUGAUCAAUAUGUUGAUGCGCACCGCAUCUUGUUCUUUAAGCUGUGCUUAGAUCAUGAUGCUCUGCGAAUGUGUAUACGGUAGAGUUGUGGAAUGGGGGUCUUAGCAUUGGUGUUAUGUUUCUAGCGUAUGACAUCAUUUAGCUGAAAUAUUACGCACUAGAACGUAGAGAGCGCCAUUGAUUUGCAUCCUGAUUUGGCAUACAUGGUUGCUCGAUGAUGAUGGUGCUGUUCUAUGCACUUGGUGGCAACUUGCACCGCAUCGCUUUAUGAAGCACAGUCAGAGUGUUUCUGUGUUUUUUCAUGCUGCCGAUCGCUACCUCGUGUGUUGAUGUUUAAUAAAGGAACGCAUUGAAUGUUUUUAUCCCUUGAUGCAUUACUUCGGAAAUUUUGUU